GUUGUCAUUGAAACAUGUUGCAAGCGUCUUUGUGCAGUUAAGAGCAGUGGAAAUUUCCUGGCGCUUUAUUCACGGCUUUGUCUGGGGAGGUGAAAAAACGAAGGAUACGAACACUUUGAAACUGUAUUAAAAACAGAAUAAAACCAUCCUUUUGGACAAUAUUUACUGGCUUAACUGCAAACAUUUGAAUCUACAUCGCUUCUUUUUCGCCUCUGAAGUCUUCAGUGGUUCCACAAAGAGUCAACAUGUCUCAGCAGCAGAUCAGCCUUCCUGCCAAACUUAUUAAUGGUGGUAUUGCCGGCAUUGUUGGGGUAACUUGCGUCUUUCCCAUUGACUUGGCAAAGACCAGGCUGCAGAACCAGAGAAGUGGACAGCAAGUCUACAGGAGCAUGAUGGACUGCCUGUUUAAGACUAUUCGAUCAGAGGGAUACUUUGGAAUGUACAGAGGUGCGGCUGUAAAUUUGACUUUGGUUACCCCUGAAAAGGCCAUCAAGCUCGCAGCGAAUGACUUCUUCCGCCAUCACCUUUCAAAGGAAGGAAAAGGGUUGACUGUGCUCAAAGAAAUGCUGGCGGGUUGUGGUGCAGGCAUGUGCCAAGUGGUUGUGACUACCCCCAUGGAAAUGCUUAAGAUCCAGUUACAGGAUGCAGGCAGGAUUGCGGCCCAGCAACAGAAACCGGUCAUGAUGUCUCCCACCAAACUUGUGGUGACAAACGCAGUGCUCAGCCGCUCAUUCAACUCCGGCCCUGUAGUGUCAACGCCGAGAGCCGUGUCGGCCACGCAGAUCGCCAAGGAACUCCUGCAGACACAGGGCAUCCAGGGCCUCUACAGGGGCCUGGGGGCAACACUGAUGAGGGAUGUUCCUUUUUCUAUUGUUUACUUCCCGUUGUUUGCUAACCUGAACCGCCUGGGUAAACCCAGUCCUGAAGAGUCCUCACCCUUCUACUGGGCCUUCCUCUCUGGGUGUGUUGCAGGAUCUACUGCUGCUGUUGCUGUCAAUCCUUGUGAUGUGGUGAAGACCAGGCUGCAGUCCCUCAACAAAGCCGCAAGUGAGGAGAGCUACAAUGGCGUUAUGGAUUGCGUGAGUAAAAUCAUGCGGAAGGAGGGGCCGAGUGCCUUCCUGAAGGGCGCCGGCUGCCGGGCCCUUGUCAUUGCACCACUGUUUGGAAUUGCACAAGUUAUGUAUUUUGUGGGGGUCGGUGAAUAUAUCCUGGACAACUUUUCUCCACGUUUCCUGUCUGUCUGAGCUGCAUCAGCAGGCCACGUACUCACCGGACCCAGUUAAAACUGGCAGCUACAUUCAACCCGUUUACAGCAAAAAAGAACUCCUGACGCACGAGUUUAUUUUUAUUAAUAAUCUCUAGUUUGACAGCUGUGUUGCAUUUGCACGCUCUUGUGACUUUAAAGCAGACUGAGCCCACUGUUUGCACUUGAAUCUGUUGGUCUUUUAAGGUUGUGGACUCAGAAUUGCAGUAUUUUUCUGUCCUAGUCCCAAAUCAUUAAUGUCCAGAUUCCCUCUGUGAGGGAGUGGAAUUCACUCAGAGCUAUUUUUGUGUUUAUUGGUUUGAUUAUUGUCUUUGCUAUUUUUAUAAAUGGGAUAUAUUUUACUUCUCUUAUAUAUAUAUAUAAAUAUAUUUUCUUUUCCCCAAAUUUCCGUUAUCUUAUCACAUAAAGCCUUCAUCUUAGAAAUAAGAUUUGUUACAACAAAAUUCAUAGGGCCCAGUUUACACUUUUCCUUUUUUUUUUUUUUUUUUUUAUUCUGCCAUUUUAACAAUGUUUAAAUGUUUAUUGGUCUGAUCUUGAGCCUUCCCACUGGUGUGGGACCAUGCAGAUCUCCAAACCUUUACAAAACGUUCUCUUAUGAACAUAUUGGUCCUGUUAUCAUAGUCGAUUGUUUAGCUCUGCUUUACAUAGCUUGACAUGGUUUAUUCAUAUCAUAUUUGUCUUCAUAAAUUCAUUUCAGGAUUUUAUGUUAAAGACCUAAGAUCUUGUUUCAAAUGUACGGUAAUUUCUGGAUAAUUUUAUUGUAGAACAGAAUUGUAUUAAUUUGGUUCUAUAAGGAAACAUUAACUUUAAUUGAACAUUAAUACUGUGAGAGAUGGCUGUUGCAUACUGUCACUUUGAUGGCUUUUUUUGUACACUGCAGCCAUUAAAUCAUUCAUUUUGGUUC